AUGGCACUACCCAAGAGCUUUCUCCUCACCUCUCUCUUCAUCUCCUCCUUCACAAUAGCAAUGGCAGGCUACAACAUCGUAGACUUUGGUGCCAAAUCCGAUGGCCGAACCGACUCGGCCAAGGCAUUCCUCAGUGCAUGGAAUGCUGCAUGCAAAGCUAAUAAACCUGCGAUGGUCUACGUGCCGCCCGGCAGGUUCUUUCUGAGCCAGGCUGAUGUCUCUGGCCCAUGCAACAACAAAGCGAUCAGAAUCUUCAUCCAUGGUACCCUCAUUGCACCCUCCAGUUAUAGCUCAUCAUACACAUUGUGGAUUAGGUUUAAGUAUGUCGAAGGUCUGUCCAUCUACGGCGGGACACUCGAUGGCCAAGGACAAGCUUUAUGGGCAUGCAAGAUGGUCGGCGGCAGCUGCCCUGUCGGCGCGACGUCACUGACAAUUAGCCAAGGCAAGAAUGUUUUGAUCAGUGGCAUAAAAAUUCAGAACAGCCAGAACUUUCAGAUGUCAAUUUUUGGCAGCACCGGCGUGACGGUUGAACGUGCAACGAUCACCGCCCCAGAUGAAAGCCCCAACACCGAUGGCAUCCAUGUCCAGAUGUCGAGCUUCAUCACCAUUAAGGAUAGCACCAUGAGGACUGGUGAUGACUGCAUUUCCAUGGGAGCGGGGUCUACCAAUGUCUGGAUUGAGAAAAUUAACUGCGGUCCUGGUCAUGGCAUCAGCAUUGGAAGCUUGGGGCUUUCAGGGGAUGAUGAAGGAGUGCAGAAUAUAACAGUGAGGUCGGCGAUAUUCACCGGGACACAGAACGGGCUAAGGGUCAAGACAUGGGCAAAGCCCUACAAAGGAUUUGUGAAGGGUGUCACGUUCCAGAAUGCCGUAAUGAAGAAUGUUCAGAAUCCGAUCAUCAUCGACCAGAACUACUGCCCUAGCAACAACAAUUGCCCGAACCAGAGCUCGGGAAUCAAGAUCAGUCAGGUGAAGUUCAAUAAUGUUCAGGGGUCAUCUGCAACUCCAGUGGCAGUGAAAUUUGAUUGUAGUCAGAGCAAUCCAUGCACAGGAAUGGAGUUGAAGGAUAUAAAACUCAAGUAUCAGAACAAGAGGGCACAGGCCUUCUGUAAGAAUGCAAGGGGAACUGCCAUGGGAAUUGUCGAGCCGCCGAGUUGCCUCUGA